UAUCCCCAGAUUUCCGACGUCUGUAACUUCCACGGCCAUGCCCAAACAGUCAAAAGUCUCUCGUCCAAGCAGCUUCGAGCUGCUCCCAGCCGAGCUCCGCCAAUAUGUCUAUUCGUACCUCGGAUUCCCCUUGAUGCGUAAAAUCAUCUACGAGAGCUUUCCAUGGUGCAACCCGGAGGCAGCGUCGACGAUCCUGAAGUCUGUGAGCCUUCACACACCAGAACUGAUGGCGCUCAGCCGAGCGUGGUUUGACGUGCUGCACCCUGAAACUGGCGAACUCCACCCAUACAGCGUAGUCGAGCACGAAGCACUCCCCGAACUUCGCGCGGUCGUGUGCCUGAACACGUUCUUCGCCAUGGACAUUUGGUCCCUCUUCCUGACCAACGUCGAAGCCAUCUUUGACUUCCCUCUGGGAAACAAGCUGUGGCGAGGCAAAAGAAAGCACUGGAAUUUCCCUUCUGCCCAAUGGACCCUCUCCCCAUUCCCAUUCCAAGUCAUGGCAUCCAUCACCCUCACCGACGAAAUCGGCUCGACGUCUAACUACUCCUACUCUCACCACUCGAAGCCUUUGCACGAGACAGACAUCGUCAAGGAAUCGCAUAAAGGCCGACUUGCUAAGCUCAGUCUUUCCAUCCGCUACGUCGCUCAGCACUGUCCGAAUCUGCGCUCUUUGACUCUACACCCACACCACCAUUCUCUAAACAAGAGUAGGCUCUCUGGCGUCGACGUCAUCGUGUUUAGUCUCAGAGAGCUCGUCCGCAAGCUCCCGCGGUUGCAAAGCGUUGGGAUGGAGUUCGUCUGCUGUCAGCUGAGUGCGAACGAAGAAUCCGAUACCCGUCGCGAGAACGACGAGUCUGGAGACCACUUACUCAAGAUCCUCCUUCACCCCAUCGCUAUUCCGUUCACCUUCAAACCCCACUCGAUCCCGGAGUAUCUCAGAGAAGAUGCCAUCGCGGACUGGGCUACAGACGUGCUAAAAAGCAUGCGGAAGCAGGAAUGUGAGCGAGAUGAAGCGCUGUUGGAUAUGCGGAGACGCGAGUGCGAGCGCGGACCACAGAGCGACAGUAAGUAUCAGUGUCGGUGCGGACAUCGAUGCGAGGAGCGUGAACGCCAGGCGCAUUCUGGGGCUCAAUGGCGUGAGGAGAAGAAGGUUGCAGCGGAGAAAGUGGGGGAGGAAAAGGUAAAGCUGAAUGAUUGGGGGAUGAAGGUUGGAGAACUGGACGGGGCUUGGUGGCCAGGUGUUGCCACAGAACCUGGAGAGGGAUGAUAGAUGCUAUUGGGGCGAGUGGUGUGUGUGUGUUGAGGCUUUCUUGCGUUAGAUCCCUUGCAUUCUAUUCCUUCAAAGGUUGCUAGGUUUGAAGAUGAUUAGACGUCAUCGGCAAGAGCUGGAACGGAGAGACGAAAUCUCGACUCAUUCGGCCGUCGGCUGAAGGGCCUUAGCGUUGGAGCUCAUAGACUGUUCUUUUCUAUAAUCUUUGUCGGAGUUGAAGAGAAGUAGAGGGCGUGGUUUUUUUUACAGUACUUCAAAGCUUUAGAUAUCAUCGGUAGAGACCGGCUUAGAUGGAUCAGAUAGAUAGGAAUAGCUCAAGC